UUCCCCACAACCCUGUAUGGGACAAGCGGUUCAGAAAAUGUGUAUGUGUGUACACGUUCUUUGGGUUAUAUGUUUUGAGAAGUUUUUUUUUUGUUUGGAGUUUGAUGGAAGGUCACAAACCUAACAGCUAAUCCUCUGCAUCUAAUUAACCAUGAGGUGUACCUGCAAAUGCCAAUCACCUGCCAUUCUCUCCACUCUAAUAUCCCUUGCAGUGAUGACAGGAAUUUAUUUCACAUCAUGAGUCAACAGAACAUUAUGCACAGAAGUGAGAAGGACCACUGAUCUUUGAUUGUGAAAGAAGCUCAAGCUAUUACAGCCAAAAUAUGGAAGUCCACUUCUAAGUGAAGAAAGACACUUUAGAUUGGUUCCUCCUGUGUGUCUUAAUCCUUCCUCCCUGAAACAACAUCUAUACAGACACACCUUCUUUUCCAUAAUACUGUGCCCUCUUCACCCAGUACCACCAAUUCUCCUGGAGUGUGUUGUGGUUCACUCAUCCUGCAUUUGGUAGGGUUCUGUGGCUCAUAGUAGAUUGCAGUAGAGAAUUGUGCUGAUGUACUUUUCCAACAUAGUGGUCUGUGCUCAAGGACCCCAGCCAGCCUGUAGGACAGCAUGUUGGCGGCAUUCUGAUGUAUGAUGGUGCAUCUAGGUCCCCAGGUCAACGCAGGGGGCUGUGAUAUCAGUGCCUGGUUGCCCUGUUUUUCAUUGUGAGUGAGACAGUGAGGCCAAGUGCCUGGGGCUAAGCAGCAUGAGGACAGAUGUGGAGCUACAUGAGGAGACACAGAAGUCUGACUCGGGUUGGGAGAGGCAGAUUGUGGUUGGGAUCUGUGCCAUGAUGAAGAAGUCAAUGUCUAAGCCCAUGACCCAAAUCCUGGAGCGACUCUGCAAGUUCGAGUACAUCACAGUGGUGAUCUUCUCAGAGGACGUCAUCCUCAACGAGCCUGUGGAGCAGUGGCCUCUGUGCGACUGCCUCAUCUCCUUCCACUCCAAAGGGUUUCCACUGGAUAAGGCAGUGAGUUAUGCUAAGCUCAGAAACCCGCUUCUCAUCAAUGACUUGAACAUGCAGUACUUCAUCCAGGACAGGAGAGAGGUGUACCGGAUCCUGCGAGAGGAAGGAAUCGACCUACCCCGCUAUGCUGUAUUGAAUCGAGACCCAGACAGACCCCAGGAGUGCAGCCUGAUUGAGAGUGACGACCAUGUGGAGGUCAAUGGAGAGAUCUUCCAGAAGCCCUUCGUAGAGAAGCCUGUCUGUGCUGAGGAUCACAAUGUCUACAUCUACUACCCAACCUCUGCUGGUGGUGGCAGUCAGCGGCUCUUCCGGAAGAUCGGCAGCAGGAGCAGCGUGUAUUCCCCUGAGAGCAGCGUGCGAAAAACCGGCUCCUACAUCUACGAGGAGUUUAUGCCCACAGAUGGCACAGAUGUGAAGGUAUACACAGUGGGCCCUGACUAUGCCCAUGCUGAGGCACGAAAGUCUCCUGCUUUGGAUGGGAAGGUGGAGCGAGACAGUGAGGGCAAGGAGAUCCGCUAUCCUGUAAUGCUCACAGCAAUGGAGAAGCUGGUUGCUCGCAAAGUGUGCCUGGCAUUCAAGCAAACUGUGUGUGGGUUUGACCUCCUUCGAGCAAACGGCCACUCUUUUGUCUGCGAUGUCAAUGGCUUCAGCUUUGUGAAAAACUCCAUGAAGUACUACGAUGACUGUGCCAAGAUUCUUGGGAACAUUGUGAUGCGUGAGCUGGCCCCACAAUUCCACAUUCCCUGGUCCAUCCCCACUGAGGCUGAGGACAUCCCCAUUGUCCCCACAACUUCUGGAACUAUGAUGGAGUUGCGCUGUGUGAUCGCAGUAAUCCGACACGGGGACCGGACACCGAAACAGAAAAUGAAAAUGGAAGUUCGGAACCCAAUGUUCUUUGAACUGUUUGAGAAAUAUGGAGGCUACAAAACGGGCAAACUGAAGCUGAAGAAGCCCAAACAGCUGCAGGAGCUGCUGGAUAUCGCUCGGCAGUUGCUGGCAGAUCUGGGCCAGCACAACGACUGUGAGAUUGAGGAGAAGAAAUCCAAGCUGGAGCAGCUGCGAACAGUCCUGGAGAUGUAUGGCCAUUUCUCUGGAAUUAACAGGAAAGUGCAGCUCACUUAUCUGCCCCAUGGACAGCCUAAAACAUCCAGUGAGGAGGAAGACACGCAAAAAGAGGACCCCUCCCUCCUGCUGGUGCUGAAGUGGGGUGGAGAGCUGACUCCUGCGGGCCGGAUUCAGGCUGAGGAGCUGGGUCGUGCUUUCCGCUACAUGUACCCCGGCGGACAAGACGGUAGCCGCAGCUCCCUCGGUUGCGAGUCCCCCAUUGACUGCGGGGACUACGCUGGCUUUCCAGGCUGUGGCCUGCUUCGACUGCACAGCACCUACAGGCACGACCUAAAGAUCUACGCCUCUGAUGAGGGCAGGGUGCAAAUGACUGCAGCUGCAUUUGCGAAGGGCCUGCUUGCCCUGGAGGGCGAGCUCACGCCCAUCCUGGUGCAGAUGGUGAAGAGUGCCAACAUGAACGGGUUGUUGGACAGUGACAGUGACUCACUCACAGGGUGCCAGCGCCGUGUCAAGGCCUGCCUACAUGAGAUUAUGCAGAAGGACAGCUGCUUCAGUGAGGAAGACUUCAGGAGGCUUGCCCCAACCAACAGCCCAUCCUUGGUAAACUCUAUGAAGGUUGUGGAAAACCCAGUGAAGACUUGUGACCAGGUCUACACCCUCAUUCAGAGCCUGACUUCCCAGAUCCGCAGAAAACUUGAGAACCCAGAAUCCGCAGACCUGCAGCUCUACCACAGCGAGACCCUAGAGCUCAUGCUUCAGCGCUGGUCCAAACUGGAGCGAGACUUCCGCUCAAAGAACGGCCGCUAUGAGAUCAGCAAGAUCCCAGACAUUUAUGACUGUGUGAAAUACGAUGUACAGCACAACUCCUCCCUGGGACUAGAAGACAUGCGUGAGCUUUUCAGGCUGUCUCGAGCGCUGGCAGACAUCAUCAUCCCUCAGGAGUAUGGCAUCAACAAAGCUGAGAAGCUGGACAUAGCCUAUGCUUACUGCCUCCCACUGGUUAAGAAAAUCCAGCUUGAUCUUCAGAGGACCCAUGAAGAUGAGUCUGUCAACAAAUUACAUCCCCUGUAUUCCCGUGGGGUUAUGUCACCAGGACGACACGUUCGAACGAGGCUGUACUUCACCAGUGAAAGCCAUGUCCACUCACUACUGAACAUCUUCCGUUAUGGAGGCCUGCUCAAUGAAGGGAAAGAUGAGCAAUGGAAGCGAGCAGUGGAUUACCUGGGUGCUGUCUCCGAACUCAAUUACAUGACUCAGAUUGUCAUCAUGCUGUAUGAGGACAAUAAUAAGGACCCCUCAUCAGAGGAACGCUUUCACGUGGAGCUGCACUUCAGCCCUGGGGUGAAGGGGUGUGAGGAUGAAGAGAAUGUGCCCCUGGGCUUUGGCUUCCGUCCUGCUUCUGUAGGGACACAGAGAGACCCUGGUAGCCUGGAGGACCUGUCUUGUGAUGAACCUGAUUGUAUUGCACUGCUCUCAGAGCCUGCUCGCAUCCAGAGAAGAUCACCACUAAUCCACAAGUGCAACACCGGCUCCAUGGAGGUCCUGUCAGAAACCUUCACAAAGGCUAGCGCCUACCGACGCUUCCACUCCUGCUCAUGGCAGCCUCUUGAGAUGAAGCAAAGUGGAUUAGGCUCUCAGUGUGCUGGACUCUUUAGUACCACUGUUCUGGGGGGGUCUUCAAGCACCCCCAGCCUACAGGACUUGGCAUGCACACAACGCAAAAAACUCUCCUCUGACAGCCCGUGCUACCUAGACGGUUUUGAAGGUUGCUCCAUGGUGCCCUCUAUCCACCCACUGGAAACACUGCACAACUCACUGUCGCUCAAACAGAUGGACGAGUUCCUGACAGAUGUAUGUGAGAAUGGUGGGGACUCCAGAACCAGUAAAGCGCUGUCUACCAUUUUGGAGUGUCAGAGCCAGCCUUCUGUGGAUAACUACCUCCCUGAAAGAGUGCUGUCCCCUGCAGCCUCCCUUCGCUACAAUAGUGGACCCCCUAGCACAGUGUCCAGUGCUGGACCAUCAUCCCCCACUGCUGAUACAGUGCCUCACUGUGACAUGGGCAGCAGAAACUCCCUAAUGGACCAGAACAGUGAGGAGAAGUUCCAGUUAGCUGUCACCCCUAGCGACCACCCAAUAAAAUCUCUGCCAAGUACACUCACACAAACUCAAAACAUGGCAUAUGCCCCAAAGAAGUCUGGCAACACACCAAGGAGUCAGUUUCCCAUAAGAUCUUCCCACUUGCCCCACCCAGAUAAGCAUCCUGGUCUGAGAAUUCCAGAGGCACCCAACCAGAACUCAAACCUUGCUGAUCUUGGUGCAGGUCAGGCUGAGUAGCCCGGCAACUCUCACUGGGCCACACCCUGUCCUGCCUGAAGUCAGGGAGAGCACCUCUGGAGCCAGUUCAGGACCCAUAUGCCCUCUGUUCACAGGAGCAACAGUGGCUCUAUGAUGCAAAGGAGUCGAAGGUGGAGUGGUGGCCUGGUGCUUCAACUCUGAUGUCACACUGGCCCACAUGCCCAAGCCUUGGUGCAGGAGACUGACUGAAGAUGCUGGGAGAUCAAGAGUACAGCCUCUUCAGUGCCUCUUCCACUCAGGUCAUGACAUUUAGGGCAAUUUAGCAUCCCUGAGCUUAGGUCUUUUUAGGAUCAUCUUUUUUUCUUGAAACCCCCCAGGUCAAAGCCAUGCAUUUGUGGGUCAGUGAUAAAAGUGCCUUCCUGGUUUAGAAAGUGGUUUGAAUGAGCUGGGUUAUCCACCAGAGUCACCUCAGAGUUCUUCUUUGUUCCCCCAUGGUACCGUCAAGGUGCAGGGCGAUGAGACCUUUUCCAUGGCUGGACAGCUAAUGCAUAAGGUGUAAAGAAAGCACAUGUUUUGUGGCAUCCAGCCUUGUGUGAAGGCUUCAUGGAACUCAGAGAGUGACUCAGAAUGGAAAAUUGGAAAAUCCUUAAAGUCAUGGGAAUAAAUGAAUAAAUGGUCCUCUCCUGUUCCUUCACCAGAGAAGUAAAGCUCAGGACAUGGGGCUGAUUGAUGACUAUAGAACACAACCAGUAGAAAGCCUGUGGCAUAUCACAUUAACAUUUUUAGAAAAAGAAACAUAUUUAAAAUAGAAAAUUUAAUUUAGAUUCUGAAAACUAAAUUCCGAGAUUACUUUCUGGUGGUAUUACUGUGAUACAGCUGCUUUUAUGUUUGUGUCUUUUCUGUAACCUUGAUGGGGAAAAUAUAUUUCAAAACUGAAGUGCAAUGUUUAAAUGACAGUUCUGUGUACAUGAAGGUAUGAGUAAGUCUGUCAGUAGUGAACACUGUCAAAUGUCAUUGUGACAGGAGAUUAAAAACCUGGUCAAGUAUCUCAUGGCUGACUUCUCA